GGCAUUUUCGCUAAAGAAAAUGGCAAAGAAUUCCGAUGUUAGUCUCGUGAGAAACACGGUUGAUGCCUUUGAAUCAAGCACAAACAAAUUAUGGAUUCUGGACGCUGAUGAAAUCUGUAUUCUGUUUCCUUACCGUUUUAACUUUGGAAAAUCUCUUGACAAACUUCUCAUUGUGAAUAAAUUGCUGAAGCAACUUUACAGGAAGCCACGAACUGGUUUGAAGGAUCCACUUUAUGCUGACAUGUGGAUCAAGCUAAAGAGUUUAUCUUUUGAAAUUGAGGAUGAUCCAUUUGAAGUGAAACUGGGGAAGAACUACGAGCUUCUCUGUGACGAAGCUUUACAAUGGACUGAGAGGGAAAGACUUUUGGAGGAACGAAUUAGCGAAAAGAGAAAGAAUCCUGGAAACAUGUUAUCAGACAAGAAAGUUGAAGGACUUUACUACAGUUUGAGUGAAAAGAAAUCUAAAAUCUACAUCGAAAGAUCCGUGAAAUUAUACGAAGUGGACAAGCGAACUCGCCUCUGCUGCUGGGAGUUCACGGAUGUAAAUUUAAUGAUUCUGGCGGACGAGUCGAUGAAUGGGGAAGAAAAGGUAGUCCCUCUGAUGAAACAAAUUGAUAGCGAAAGCCCCUUUCCCACUGAAGAUGUUAAAUUCUCAACUUUAUGGUCUCGUUUUGUUAAAGGAACCGUUUCAUCAUCAACUUUCACACUACGUGAUUACGAGCAGCCGUUGUUUUUGUGCGAGUCAUUUGAAAUCUCCGGUCAUUUGAUUGGCGCAGAGCAAGAAGCAUGUGAACGAGCCAAACGAACGUGUGUGAUUGAAAUACCUCAUCCCUGGGGCGAGCAGAAGAUCACCCGAGGAAUGACGCCACUGAAAUACUUCCACGAUUUGAAGUUUGACUUUGAGAAGCUUGAAAUGAGUUGGGGUGUUGAUAUUGAACCAGCCUACACGAUGGUCAACAUUGCUUUUGAAUAUAUCAACAAAGCGAGUGUGGAUCCAAGCAUAGGUUUGCCUUUUUGGGACAAGAUGAGGCUAUUGCUUCACGGACGCCUUUUAAUGAAUAUCAAAGAAUGGCAGUUGAAUUGGCGAGCAACGAGAAACCCUUACGAUAAAUCCGAGCAACUGGAAAUUGAAUGGAGGAAUGUUCGGUUUGAAUGGACAAAUGCAUGCUUUGAAAUAUUUGGGGAUUUUGAUCUGUUUACAAGAACGGCUUCGAAGUACGAUGACUGUCGGGUCCUUCAUCUUCCUGCCCUUAAAUAUCGAGCUGAUCUUGUUUGGCAUUGUCGAGACGAAGCUGAUGCCAAUAAUCAUUACAACAUCCGACCUUGUGCCCCAGACAAACUGCCAGAACUUCCUCCGGGAAAGGUCCACGAUUCUUAUGCCGCCUUCAGAUCUCAAAACCUCAGUCUAAACGUCUCGUUUGAAGUGGAUGAACAAAGAUUGAAGAAGGACGACAUUCCAGAAAUACUUCUCUUCGCCAGUACAUUUAGAUGGUUCCAAAAUUUCCAGGCUGUGGUUUGGCGUAAUGUGAGUCGACCAAUCAAGAAAGGCUCAAUUUUCAACAGAAUCCUACCGAAAAAAAGACCUUUGAGUCGACACUACAGAAACUUUGGUCUUAACCUAAAAUUUCCCAAGCUUCAUCUUCUGUAUUGGGGCUCAGUCACGAGGCAUUUGGGAGCAGAACUUAAUCUUGGCACAGGAAGCCUAAAUACAAUAUACCGAGUUGGUUUGUCGGAGUUUGAAGAUGGCUUGAUCCGAAGACCUGCUGCCACCUGGACGAUUAUUAAACUGGACAGUGAGAUUGAUGAUGUCACGUGUUACGUCACAGGCGUCGCGGAGCGGCCUGAGAAAGAGACUGUGCAACAGUCGACGCCCAUUCAGGAAAGUUCUGAUUCAAACGAGGACACGGCAGAUCUACAAACGUUGGAAACAUCAAAAUUCUAUCUUGGACACGUUGACAGGUUGGUUUAUAAAAGAAAGGAAUUCAACCAGGAAGAAACGGAAAUGGAUGGAGUUUCCUCGAAUAAUUUAGAGGACUACACUCAUAACCUUGUCUGCCAUAAUUUCCGUGGAGUCUGGACGCUAACAAACAGGAAAUUGACUUUUGGACUUGUGGAGACAUACACAAGAUCACAGCAAUUGAAGAAAGAUUUAUCAGCCGAUGCUCUAAAGUCUGUUAAAGUUGACAACAUGAACAACUCAGCACUCUCCGAGUCCUCUCCUGACACGAGUACUCGGAAGGAUUCGUCGGCCCGACGACUGUCGACGAGCCAAACGAAGCUGGACGAUCUCUUCUCGAAGACUAUGAGCGGAAAAGUUGAGGCAGCGGGUGACGAUGUGGACAAUUCAAUUUCUGCGUCUAGACGUCGUUCAACGAGCACUGAUGUUUUACUUGAUAAACUAGUCUCGGAUUUAUCAGAUCCUUCCAAGCUUUACGUUCUAACGGAAGAGGGUAAAAGUGACGAGGCUCAAUCCAGCGGUUAUGCUCUCUGCAAUUCUGAAGACAUUCACGAACAACGGUGGCAUUUCGAGUUCAUCAACUCUCAAGUGAUGUUGAAAGGUAUCGAGAACUCUGGUUGUGUCCUGGUCACAGCCGGCCACGCUGAGGUUCUCAAUCGUCUUCAUCAACCGACGCAAGUUGGGAGAAAACUAUUAAACAAGAAAACCUGGGUCGGGCAUUUGGAAAAUAUGCAGUAUUUCUCUACGGUCAAAGCAACUGACGAAAUCUCGAAUGAAGAAAUCUCACACAAGGACAGCAUCUGGCUGGACUCAAAUACGAUUCAAGCUCGCCGUAAAAACACUGGCAUUGAUUUGACCGACCCAUCCUCGGUGUUGGGGCCUGGCGAUGACGUUGGGUCUUUUGUUGGAGGUUUGCUCAUCAGAAACACAAAACUACAGCGAAUAGUUUCAAGAGGUGGUUGCGAGUUUUACUACGUGAGUUUUGACGAUGAACUUGAAGAGGGAUUAGAAGAUGUCCCUGCCUCGAACACCCCCGCGCCAUCACCCUCUACGAGACUACGAUACAAUCAAGGCGCUGGGGAUCCAGUGAAUACAUUCACCUUGAAACAUCCCGUGCUGGAGAUAUGUAUUAAUUCUGCACAAUAUGCUCUAAUUCUUGAUAUCGUUAGCAACGUGCUACUGUACACAGAACCGCAGAAAAAAGAAGUAUCUGAACUUGAACAACGUAUGGGCUUCUAUUUUCAACUGAGCACAGCAGAAGAUUUGAAAGGAACUAUUCUAAAUGUACAGAAUAAUGUCAGAACUUGUUUGACGGAAUUAAACGAACUACGACGUGUUCUGUAUAACUUGAAUGAAAUAAUGAAAGAGAAGGAAAAGAUGGAAGCACCAAAUGAAAACUGUUUGAAGGAAAUUGAAGAAUUGAAGAGCGAAAGGGUGCAGUUAGAAUCGUUGGCCGCUGAUAGGAAAGCGUAUGUAAAUGAAUUAGGCACGGAACUCCGAAUUAUGAUAAGUGCGUACAAAGAUUUCAUGACAGACCGUGUAAUGCUCUCACCAGAGAAAGGUCGAAACGGGGAGUUGAUGAGGGUCGUUGAGGUAUUUUUAAACCAUGUUUCCUGGAGACUUACUCAGCCAGACGGUCAACUGAAGUUUGUCGAGGCGACUUUGAUGAAUUUGAGGUACACCAACAUUACAAUGACUGAUUCUUCCGGAGUUCAUACUGUUGAGGUUGGAAACUUCAAUAUGACGAAUCUUAUGCCUAAUUCUCCCUACAAGAACGUUAUUGCGCCAAGCGGAGAAAGAAGAGUCGGUAAAGAUAUCGCCAUUAGAGUGUAUUGUCGAGUAAAAUCACCAGUUGGUGGUAUCGGAGUCAAAGAUCAUUUUGAAGUCAAUCUUUGUCCCCUGAACGUCGCUCUCACUCACAGACUUUAUAAAUUGUUCAUGGCGUAUUUCUUUCCUGGCCGAGCUCACGAAUACGUCAGAGAGGCGGUGGAGGAAUACGAUGGUGUCUCUGAUGGAGCGGCGGCUGAGCAGCAACCCCCACAUGGCGAUAAAGAUGAUUUCAACGAGGAAGGAGCAGCUCAGAAGCCAUCACGUCCAACUAGCCUCGCCAUCUCUGAUAUCUCCCUCAGUACCAGAGCGUCUGUCUCCAGCCUCGAAAGCCUGUCACCAUUGCAGUCUCCACAAGCACAAAGCUCUGACAAGAAAUCUGGACGAAGCAGAUUUUAUGCUUCGUUGUCGGAAACAGCUUCGAAAGAGCUUGAUAAAAUGAAGGAGCGAGCAGCCCAGACGAACAAUUUUGUUUACGUGAAGAUUCCAGAAAUACCAAUAUGUUUCAGCUACAAGGGAGAGAAAGAGAAGAAUUUGGUUGACGUUCACAACUUUAGGUUGACCUUACCAACAUUGCAAUAUCAAAAUAGAACAUGGACGUGGCUUGAUCUCAUGUUGGUGAUGAAAAAAGAUUAUAAACAAGUUCUCGUUGGUCAGGUGAUCAAAGAAAAACUGCAUUGGAAGGGAGGCGAGAAUAAGGAGACGAAGGAAUCGUUUGCACCAGACAAGGCGAAAAUAUUAUUUGGUGACAAGCAAUAUGACGGGCGGAAAAAGAAGAAGAAAAGUCUUUUGUCUAAGUUUGGUCUUAAACACAAAAGCGAUAAAACAGAUGCCGUGAGCUUCAGCGGUCUCUCUGUUGGGGAGCAAGCCGACUACGGUUUAGAAGAAGACAGUUUUGAACCGCUGCCCAGAUCCGGUGACGAGGAAGAUUUACCUGGUGCGGUACGGUAGUAUACAUUUAGGGAUAACUCAGUUAUUAGUGGGUGC